AACCAAAGACCAAGAAUUUAUUUAAUAAAAUAAUAUAAUAAUUCCACAUAUAUAACAAAUUCAACUAAAAUCACCAGUUUGAAAAUGGGUUUGUUUAGAACAACAAUUGCAUCAGUUACUUCAACAACGACGGCUAUUGCAGCAACUCACCUUGCCUUAAAUUCCAUUUCACCAUCUUCAUCUUCAACUUUUAAUAAUUAUAAUAAUAACAAUCACAAGCCCAUUUUCAGUACAUCGUCUUUGACCCUAAAUCGUUUACCCCUAAUCAAGAAUCUUACUAGCCCACCUUUUGCUGUUCAUAUGGAUGCUAAACCAGCCUUAAAGCAUGAUGCGGAAUUACCUGAAGUUAUGACAGAGUUCAUGGUGGAUAUGAGUUGUGAAGGUUGUGUAAAAGCGGUCAAGAAUAAGUUACAAACUGUUGAUGGAAUUAAGAGCAUCGAUGUGGAUUUAAGCAAUCAACUAGUUAGAAUAUUUGGGUCUUCACCUGUAAAGACCAUGGCUGAAGCCUUGGAGCAGACGGGUCGAAAAGCACGUCUAAUUGGUCAAGGAUCUCCUGGAGAUGUCUUAAUUUCUGCUGCUGUUGCUGAAUUCAAAGGGCCACAAAUUUUCGGAGUGGUCCGUUUAGCUCAGGUGAGUAUGGAGUUGGCUAGGAUUGAGGCCAACUUUAGUGGGUUGUCACCUGGAAAACACGGCUGGUCCAUAAAUGAAUUUGGUGAUCUCACUCGAGGUGCCGCAAGUACAGGCAAAUUAUUUAAUCCAACCAAGCCGCUUGCAGGAGAAGAGGUGCUUGGUGACCUGGGAACACUUGACGUUGAUGAGAAAGGUGAGGCGUUUUUCUCAGGUGUCAAAAAGAACCUUAAAAUUGCUGAUCUUAUUGGCAGAGCCAUAGCAGUAUAUGAUCGUGAAGACAGAUCAGAUUCUGGGCUUGCGGCGGCAGUUAUAGCCAGAAGUGCGGGAGUUGGUGAGAAUUACAAAAAGCUAUGCACCUGUGAUGGCACCACCAUCUGGGAAGCAACCAAUGCAGACUACGUCUCCAGUAAAGUUUAAUAGAAGAUUGUUGCCAUGUUUUCCAUUUUGAUAUACAAAGGAGCGGAAAAUACUAGCAAAAGUGUAAUUGCAUGUAAUCUUUGUAUCUGGAUAUAUAAAAGUAUGAGUAUUACUGUUCGUUACGAAUAAAAUGCCUUCAUUGGGCCUGGUUGAGUUCCCCAUCUCAAA